CAUAGCGAGGGGGCUCCCCCUCUUUUGUGAUGCGUGAUUUGUCUUGUUGCGCUUGGUGGCACAGGCAAUACGCGCAGCUGUCAAUACAACAAUACUGUUCGUUGCAGCACGAGCCGACUGCAGAGACUCACGGUCGUUCCAAAAACCGCGCAGGCUGCGCGCUGCUGAUAUAUACCGCUGGCUGAUACUAUCGCGAGUUUCAAGCUGCUCCGUGUAAAUAGUGCAUAGGGUUCCCUCGUCUAGAGAUCAAAUCAUAGGAUCUCUGCUUCUGCAUGCGCACCGUCUAGUUGUGACCAUGAAACUCGCCACGGAUGGACUCUCCCUGGCCGCUGUUGUUGCCCUUGCUGGACAGACUCUCGGCCUGCCGACCGCUGAUGGAGUACCCUCGAACGUGACGACGCAGGCUCUGUUUCCACGGAAAGGCAUCAGCACCAACCGGAGCGACUAUCCGAAACUCGUCUGCGGAAACUACGAGGCAUCUUCGGAAGAGGACUAUGUGCACGCCUAUUGGAAGAACCGAGAAUACUUUGAACAUAUACAUAAAGAAAAACCUACCUUGAGACCGGAACAGUGUGACCGCGUUGGGUGCUGGAACAACGUUGGAGUGUGGUGGUGCAACGAGACUAAGAAAGAUAAAAAGGUGGAAGACUGGUACGAUAUCGUGCUUGCUCUCGAUGCCAUUCCUCUUCUUAAGGGUUUGUGCUCUGAACACGACUAUCGGACGUAUUCGCACCAGAUUUUCCACAAGGACGGCUUUAGCGUCAUAAUCAGCCACAGGAAGGGCGAAGAGGGGCGUUGUUAA